GCUUCAAAAAAAAAGAUCCUUUAUUUCAAGAUUUAAUUAAUCCAUUUUGCUCCUGUAUAUUGGUUUGGCCUUGAUACGUGUUCAGUUUCUGUGACAUUGACUACUGCGUAUUUGAAGGCAAGGGAACUUGCCACGGGACGGGGAAGAGUGACUCUCAGCUACAACUAAUAAAAUGCUUGACUAGAUAAAGCUUUGAGCAACCUGGUCUGGUGACGUAGCUGGCCCUGCUUUUUGAGCAGGCGGCUGGACUGCGUGACCUCCUGGCAUCCCUUCCAUCCUGAAUUAUUCUAUGAUUCAUUACUAGAUCAUGUAAGGAGUGCCUCAUUUAAAUAGCUAGUGCUUUAGUUGAGCUGUCAAAUCUUGGCCAUCAUGCUGCAAAAUAACAUCUACGUGUUAAAUCUGUUUCCUUUUGGCCACUUGUAGAUAAUAGGAAACACCUUACAGUUUCUCCACAUGUAACAAAAUAGUGUUAUUUGGCUGCUGCCAUUUUGCUUUGAGACUCACACGCACUUACUGGCUGUUUUCAAUAAUAUCAGUUAAUGACAAGUAGGCAGGGUGUCAUAUAAUGUAUACAAUUUGUGGCAAUGCACCUAUAUUGUAGAAAAAGUACAUCAAGGGAUAGUAUGUGAGUGAGCUCCUAACAAUUACACUUACAGAGCAGGCUGACUCUUAGGAAAACUGGUUUCAGAUAGUCUAAAUGUUAGUUUGCUCAAAUUUAUCUUGUUGUAUGUCAAUAUUAAAACCGUGCAAGAAGAGGGUAUGAUAGUAUUUAACUUGGCAAGGGAUUUAACUUGGUAAGGGACUGACUUACAAUUUUCAGUUUCAAUGUUAUGGACUUCAAAAUGACAGCCCUUCUUUCAGUGUUCCCUGUAUAAGACUGAGUCUAGGAAGUGGAUUAUUGCCUGUAUUUCCAGGCUGCGGAGUCAGCAACUGCCCGUCAGGAAGGAUGGGGGAGGAGAGGGAAUCCUUGCCAUUUAUCAAGGGGCAGCUGAGGCUUCAAAUUUGGCCCUCUGACAAGAAAAGAUGGUUGUCCCAUUUCUCAGGAUUUGGUCUCGUUCUCUGGUAAAUCAUAGUAAAAUAAUUUUGCUGCCAAGAUUGUUUAAAAGCAAAUCCCUGCUUCAGGUUUAUGUUUAAGGGUAGGACUUACAUACUUCAUUCUCUUCACGUUUGUAAGACUGCUCUAUGAGCAUCGGACUGACUGUCUGAUGGCUGUUUAAUAUCGUUAAUUAGGUUGAGUUAACACUGGGGUCUUUAAAAAUGUCAGCAUCUUUCUUGUUUGCCUUCAGCCCAAAUGAGUUUUCAAUUCACUGUUCUCUGCAUUUCCAGAUAAUUAAAAUCCCUGAAAACGUGUUUGCAGCUGACACGUCAAAGACAUUCGGAGUUCCAGCUAGAAACCAAGAAAUGCCGGUUGCGUCUAGAACAUCAUGGCCAGUUCAGGAGACCUCAUGGAAGGAGAGCUUUAUUCUGCUCUCAAGGAGGAAGAGGCCUCUGAAUCAGUUUCAAGUACAAACUUCAGUGGGGAAAUGCACUUCUAUGAGCUUGUGGAAGACACAAAAGAUGGGAUCUGGCUGGUACAGGUCAAUGAAUGGUCCUUGAAGAUAAGGAAAGAAAUGCGAGUGAUUGAUAGACAGAUCAGAGAUAUUCAGAGAGAAGAGGAAAAGGUGAAGCGAUCAAUAAAGGAUGCUGCCAAAAAGGGUCAGAAGGAUGUAUGUGUGAUCUUGGCAAAGGAGCUGAUCCGCUCUCGAAAGGCUGUAAGCAAACUCUACGCGUCCAAAGCACACAUGAACUCUGUUCUCAUGGGGAUGAAGAACCAGCUUGCUGUUCUCAGAGUAGCAGGUUCACUGCAGAAGAGCACAGAAGUGAUGAAAGCUAUGCAAAAUCUAGUAAAAAUCCCAGAAAUUCAAGCAACAAUGAGAGAAUUGUCCAAGGAGAUGAUGAAGGCUGGCAUUAUUGAAGAAAUGCUAGAGGAUACUUUUGAAAGCAUGGAAGAUCAAGAGGAAAUGGAAGAAGAGGCAGAGAUGGAAAUUGAUAAAAUCCUCUUUGAAAUAACAGCUGGGGCCUUGGGUAAAGCAAAAAAAGUCACAGCCCCUCUUCCGGAGCCAGAACCCAUGGGAGCUGCUGCUGCUGCUGUUGAUGAGGAAGAAGAUAUUGAAGCAAUGCAGUCACGAUUAGCUACUCUCCGUAGCUAAGGGUGAAAUGAAUGUGUACAGUUUGCCUUUUUCUUUUUGUUUUUUUUUUUUGUUUUGGCAAGGGGAUAUUCUAUCUUUAAAAUGCAAAACUUAAUAAGUGGGAAUACUUUCUGUAAUAUAUGUAUUUUUUUUCUUCCUGGGGAUUAUAUUCCCCAAGAACAUUGUAAUAUAUUUCUUCUUGGGGAUUGCAUUCUAUAGAGAUUGUUUUAUCAUUUUCUGUUUGCCUGUAUCACCUGUGAGAAGUUAUGGUGACAUGGCAAUGGUGUUGUAAUGUUAAAAGGUUUCAGAUAGAGAGUCUUUAAAUAUAUUCUUAGCCUCAAGCAGCAGCAGCCUUCCCUUAAAAGGCACUUUGGCUUAAUCUGCUACCAAAAACCUUUUAUGGUAUAAAACCUUUGAUUUCCUGAGUCACUACAAGUUUUAUUAAAGCUGCUUUUAACAGUUACUCCUUUGAGUCAGUUUAGUUUGAUCAUUUCUAACUGUCUUCACAAUUUUAGUUUUUAACCACGGUUGGUUUAAGAGCACUCGCUGCACUUAGGACCUUCACAGCUUACUUGAAGAAAAGCUUUCUUUUAGAGCAGCUGCUGAACAAAUUCUCUUCCAACUAUGCCCAAGCAUCACGUGUUCCCUGGAGUCUUGUUUAGCCCAGCCAGCAUCAGGCUGCUGAGCCUGCUGGGUGGCAUUCCUUCGGAGAUGGGGUAGUGUUUGCUUAAAGAUCUGCAGCAGGUAAGAACUUCUACUUACGUGUAACAGAAUACUAGUCCUGCCUUGCACUGACAGGAGAGCCAAUGCUGCUCCCUGAAGUCUAAGGGGACAGCAGUUUCUUGCAUGAGAACAACUGAUUGCUCAGCUGCCCUGUAUUUUCUUCCUUUCUCUUUAUUCAAAUGACACUGUGCUUUACCUGCUGCUCUCCAGGAGCUUCUCCAGAAGCAGCUGUGCUCCAGGUAAGUGACUGGAAAAAGUUUCCAAGAGGUGCUGAUCUCCCUGGCCCUGUGAUUCAACAGGCCACAGAACUGGACUAGUGCAGGGGACACAGCUCUAGUAGAUGCUUCUCUGGGAGAUGAGUACAAGCCCUGCCUGAGCUCCUCAGGUUGCUCUCUGCUUUUGAUCUUGGCCACCUUUGGCAGUGGAAGCACAGGAGCCCAGCCCAUUGCUUUAUCUCUUACUUUAGGAUACUUGUGAAGAAGUCGUCUGUCUAACAGGGGCUAGAAGAGAAAUGACAGCCCUGCCAGCUCCUGCAACAGUUCUGUGCUUUACACAGAAACUGAAUGAUGGCAGUAACUCUGCAAGGCAGACUGACAGCACCAAUAAAAGUGAUACACAAACUA